ACUUAUUCCGAACGAUUCAAUACAACUCUAGCAAAUAGCCUGUUGCGCAGAAAAUGGGGAAACGAACACAAUUAAUUAGCAAUUAACGGCAGUAAAUAAACUGCAAUACUCGAGUAAAUUAAAAACAUUUGGAACGUCAAAUUCAAACAAGCUAAAUAAACAAACGAGUAACGACAACGCAGCAGUCGCAGCCGCCGCCAGUAACAGUAAAUAACAGAAACAGAAGCGAAUCAGCAAAACAACAAGCAAGUCGCGCUCUUCUCAAUAAAAAAUUUAUUUUUGUGUUUAGGCACAUUCACUGCUCCGCCAGCGUCGCGUCGCUUCGUUUGUCAACGCAACUGCUGUUUGUAUGUGUAUGUGUGUUAUAUGAAAAUAUUUAAAAACAAAAUCAUCUGCGCAGACAGACUAACAAACCUGGCCAGGGGUCGCAGGCGGUACAAAACAUAAAAAAAACAGAAAAAAGAGAGACAAUCAAAAACAAGCAGACAGAUAAACAACAAUAGCAGCAGCAACAUCAGCGACGUCGUGCUCGGUGACGCGUCGCGAGGUGCUCGAGGUCAGUUCAGCACAUUUCGCGCACGGCCGUUUUCCGACGCUCAGCUCCCCGCUAAAGCCCCGUAGAUCUUACCUCCCCACCUUUCUCACUCCACGCCACCCGCACGCGUAGCGACAAUUCAAUUCUCACUCAACAACAGAAAAAACAACAAAAAGCAUAACAUCAGUAAACAUUGAGUAAAAAAAUAAAAAACCACAGAAUUAACGACUCAGACUCACGCGCAACUCUUUUUUUUAUUGUUCAACUGAUAACCCGUGUGGCCGAGCGCUGAUAAAAAUAUCAAGUGAAAAGUCGUAACAAAUAAUUGCAAGUGCGAAUGCGCCCUCAAUUUGUAUGCCAUCAGCAGCGUUCCUAUUCACAUUCACCAUCACCAUCACCAUCAUAUUCACGUACUCAUUCUCAAUCCCCCUGCCCAACGACGACCACUGACGUCAGUCGGCUGGAUCGUUAUCGUUAUCCGAAAAUGGUGAUACCGCGGCCCGAGCCCAACAUUAGCACCGGCUUCAACCGAACACCGUUAACGGAGCUGAGCGGCGAAACGCGCAGGCAGCUGGCAUGUAUGCUCAAUCGCAAGAAGGUGCUCCGCUCCGAGGAGGGUUACGAGCGCGACUGGCGGGGCAUUGCGUCGCUGUCGGGUCAGCGUGAAUUUGUCGAUGAGUGUGCCAAUAUGCCAAUGGAUCUGGUUAUCAGUAAUUGGAUCAAGCAUAAUCCGCAGACGGCCGAGGUGGGUCAUCUCGAGGAGUUUCUGGGCAUCAUCGAUCGCUGGGAUGUGCGCGACGAUAUUCAGGAGAAUCUGAUCAAGGACACAGAUCGCUACAAUGUGAAGCAACAGAAACUGGAGCAAUUGGCCCAAUUGCGCGACAGUCCCCCACCAACUGACAAGUGCGUGGAGAACAAUAACAACAACACCUUGGCGCGUGAUGUCAAUUUGCUCAGCUUUGAUGAUGAAAAGUGCAUGCAAAAUGGACAACCUUUGCCCCGCUAUAAUGCCUGUGUUCUCUAUGCGGAGGCGGACAUUGAGUAUGCCAUCAAAAUUAUGAAUAAUCUAGAGUCUCCGGCCUAUAAUCUCAAGCUAUUCUUGAGGCAUCGGGAUCUGCUGUUGGGUGUGCCAUUUGAACACGUGGAACUGUCGCACUUCAUGGCCACACGCUGCAAUCAUUUGAUAGUCGUUCUCACCGAGGAGUUUCUCCGAAGUCGCGAGAACACAUUUCUAGUGAAUUUUACACAAAAGCUGCAAAUUGAAAACAACUCUCGCAAAAUUAUACCCAUAUUGUACAAGCAGAAUAUGGUAAUACCCCAAACGCUGGCCAUCUACACGCAUGUGAACUAUGAAGCCAGCUCCACUCUUUACAAUUUCUGGGACAAAUUGGCCAGAUCACUGCAGGAUGUUGAUACUUCAUCCAUUUACUGUACAAGCCAGCAGCUAAUAACACCCACAACACCAGAAGCAAUUGCUCCACCGGAAACGCCGCGCAUACUAAUCAACGGCGCUGACGUCCCAGAUUCAACCGACUGGAAUGUAAGCGAGACAAAGCUAAAGUCCAUGUCGGGCAGUACGACGGAACCGUUGCCCGAACUGAAGGUGAAGCGCAAGGAUAAGCUGUUGCACAAAUUUAAUUUUAGUACGACGCCACGAAGUGUUAGGUUAGACAAAACGAUGAGACAUGCGCAGUCGGUUAGCGCCAUCAAUAUCCAGGAGCAGAACAGUGCCCUCACCGCUAGCAACUCCAAUCUCUCCACCUAUUCGGAGAGUAAGAAAAGAUCGAACAAGUGGAGCUCCAAACUGCUGAAGAAGUUUACGCGCAGCAGCACCAAACUGCAGACGCCGAGCUGAAAGACAACGCUGCCAGCAGCAUCAAGAACAUCAAAGAAUAGGCAGCUAAGACCUGUAUACAGAUCGCGCAGCCAAAUGUGUAUUGUGAAUUGUGAAUUUCCUUAUCUUGCGCCCAGUUUGACGCGAUAUCGUCACCCCCUCACCAACCACCCUCCAUUUUUGUAGUGAUUUCGUUUUUAAUCGUUAGCCUAAAAAACCUAAUCAAGCCAACUAACUUAAUGUAUUUAGAUGCACUUGUUAAUCUAUAUAAGUCGACAACGAAUAAAGACAACAUAUACGUACAUAUAUACAUAAA